CAAAGAAACAGUAUAGCCCGCACUGUAGUGGCUCCAAUGCAACCACGCACAACACUGGAAUUUAUAAGUCUAGCAAGACGGUGGUGGUUCACGCCCUCUGCGUCAGUGAAUUCUCUUGCUCAAAAUGUUUUUUGCCCUCGAUCACUUCACUCACAAACACUCUCACCUUCUAUAAUCAGCGUUGCCUACUUGAAAGUUGGAGACACUUUCAAUAAUAUGCUAUGGAUAACUUUUAUUGACAAGGGUUAUAGAGGAAAGCGGGUUGUUCGGGUAACCCAACCGGUUAGACUUCCAGCUCAACAUGGCCAGUCAGAACCACUGCUACCACGAUGAGCUCAUGGGAUUCUUCUACAACAACAGCAACCAGACCAAAGAAGAAUGGGGGUCCUCCUCAUCCCAACUCAUUCUUGUCCAGGUGGUUGGCUCCCUAUUCUGCUGCUUCAUUCUUGUUUCCAACGCCAUGGUCAUCGCUGCUGUCGUCACCAACAAGAGGUUCCACUACCCCUUCUACUAUCUUCUUGCCAACCUGGCUGCCUCUGAUUUUCUGGCAGGGAUAGCAUAUGUGUACCUCAUGUUCAACACUGGCCAACUGUCCAGGACGCUAACUGUAGGGGGAUACUUCUUCCGCCAGGGUCUUCUAGACACCAGUCUCUCUGCUUCAUUAGCUAACCUACUAGUGAUAGCCUUGGAGCGAUACAUCUCAGUCAUGAACUGGAAGGUCCACAGCAACCUGACCAAGCGAAGGGUGACCUUGCUGAUUGUGCUGGUCUGGAGCAUCUCUAUUGUCAUGGGGGCUGUGCCUAGCCUGGGGUGGAACUGCAUUUGCAACCUGGAGGACUGCUCAACCCUGGCUCCCAUCUUCAGCAGGAGUUACCUGAUAUUCUGGUCUGUCUCCAACCUGGUGGUUUUCCUGAUCAUGGUGUCCAUCUAUAUUAGGAUUUAUAUGUACGUCAAGAGGAAGACAAAUGUGCUGGGUCCCCAUACCAGCGGCCGCAAGAGGACACCCAUUAAGCUGAUCAAGACUGUCAUGACCGUGCUAGGUGCAUUUGUGAUCUGCUGGACACCGGGCCUGAUUGUCCUACUGCUGGAUGGUCUCCACUGUGAAAGGUGCAAGGUGAUGAUCUUUAAACGCUGGCUCCUUCUUCUCGCCGUGCUCAACUCAGUGAUGAACCCUGUCAUCUACUCAUACAAGGAUGAAGAGAUGUGGACCACCUUCAAGAACCUUCUGCGUUGCGUGUGCAAUGGCACCCGCCGCCAGAGGUCCUCUAAGGCCAACACCAAGCCCCUCAGCUCCAACCAGGAAACCGGCGUCAGCCAGCUCACAUCUGAAGAGACCAAGAGUGAUGCCAAAGACAUGCUCCAAACUUGAAUCUGGCGCCCCAGAUCCAGUUUCACGUUUAAAGUGAAAAAUGUGGCUGAAUUGUCAAGAGACACGUUACAGUCAUUGUCUUCGUAUCCUCAAGGUAUAGCAAGACGACUAUCUUGGAGGGAUGCUCAUACUUGGUACACUUCCUAGAUGCAACACAGUUUUUCUGUGCAUUGCUAUAAACCCAAUAUAAGUUACUGUCUUUUGUGCUACAGGAGGUAGCACAGUAGCAGAAAAUGGACGAGGAAAGUUGAAGUUAUGAUAUAACGUCAGUACAUUUAUUUCUUUUUACUUUCACAUCAAACAUCAAAUGUUGACUUUUUUAAUAGACCUAUUGUUUAUAGAACUUUUCAGAGAUCUUUUAUCAGGGAGAACUUCUUGUUUUCUUUUAUUGAAACACUAUAGUACUAGAUUGUAGUUCACAUUCAAAACUGUACUCCUUGUGUAUAAAUUGAGGUACUAUACAGUACAGCACUGUUGUACUGUAUGUGUUCGUAAGUAGAGGGAAAUAUAAAGGACAGUAAAUUACUAUGUAUGUCUUGUCACAGUCUACUGUGUACAUGACAACUAAAUUGAUCUGAUUGUUUCUAGGCAAAGUCACAAUUGCGAUUCAGAAGGAGCAGACUAACUGCUGAAGUAUUUUCAUGCCAACAGUCAGGUGUGUUAUUAGUUGCAUAAAGUUUUCACCCACAGUUAUUCCUUAAUUUAUUUAUUUUUAAUCUAGCCAGGGCAAACCUGUUUUGUCUGUCAUGGAGUUUUUACACAUCCUUUCUAAAGUGACCCGGAACAAAGCUGAUGGCUGGGGCACUGGUUAAACAACUCUUUAACUGAAAAAGAGCAGGGCUGUAAAAAAUGUUGCAACACACUGGAUUCCUGAUGUAGUUUUCCUCGCUUGAAGGAACCUCCGAGGAUAUGACUGAACCAAGUCCCAUUGUAAAUAAUUUACAGGGUCAAUAAAACUCUUAACCUGCUGUA